UCACUGUUUGCACCGCGCCGCGUAUGCGUUUCCCUCGCGUUUCUCCCGCGUUUCCCUCGCGUUUUCGUCGCGUUCCCCGUUCCGCGCUCGUCGUGCCGCGUCGCGUUUUUCGGUCGUUACUCACCGCGAAGUUUUCAUUCCACAGGGAGUACGGGAGAUAAAUUAAAGGUGGCGAAGCCUAACGAGUUCGAUUUGGUAUUUAAGUUGCAAGUUCCGUACUACGAAGACAUCGUCGUGACGCGUGAUCCGCAAAUUCCGGGCAACGUAUUUCUCGAUAUGACGCGCGUGCUGGAACUUCUUAGGAACGAUCCCCGCGAGGAUUUCCAGAGCAUUGGGAAACUUCUUCAGGUUCAACUCGUGGAUGCGCAAAACUUUCUCGUCGUGGACAAACUCCGUUCGUGGCUUCAGAGCUUGUUCAGCCAAGCACUCAACCGGUUAGCAGAUCGCGUAGAGCUGGUUGACGGCGUCGUCUCCCAGCUGAAGUAUAGGACCUGUGGGCCGGCCCACACUAUCGUCGUGAAUGGGGAGUAUGAGUACUCGGUCGACUUCGUACCCGCCAUCCGUUUGGCGGCCAAACAGAACGUGUUGCUCAGGGAUCAGCUUGUGUACUUUGAACGCGCCAAAAUAUCCUACUGGGAAGCGAUUCCCAAACCUCAGAAAAUCCAAACUCAGACCAGCAGCAUCUCCUUUCGCUCCUCCUUUUACGCCGCAGAGAAGGCAAUGCUGCGGGGUAAGCACGAGAAUUGCCUGGAUGCAAUCAGGUUUAUGAAAAAAUUUCGUGAUGUGAAGACCAACUUAGGCAACUUUAAGAGCUACUACAUUAAAACUUUGUUUCUUUGGAAGAUUAGGCAUGAACCAGAGUCGUACUGGAACGAGCCGAUCUCAAUCAUUUUGCCCGAUAUGUUCGACGAGCUGGAGGACCUCUUGAUGCGGGGAGUUCUUCCCUUUUUCUGGGACCCCGAGCUGAACAUGCUCGACGUGUUGACCCCGCCCCAAAUUUCGGAAAUGCUCCGGGCCCUCCGAAGGAUUCGAAGAGCGCUAAGAGGCGACGGCAUCCGCCGGAAGCCCAUUUCUAGGCUUAUCGUUCUACGGGGAUUUAGUCACAAAGAGGAAAGAAACCUGAAGUGCAGCCAUAAGCGGAAACAAAAUGAUGUCAAGCGGCUAAAUAGGACAAAAUCAUGUCUUUAUAGCCGGUUCGUUUCUUAGGUCACAAAGAGGAGAGAAAUCGGAAGUGCAGCUCUAAGCGGAAACGAAAGCGGCUGAGUUAGGACAAUUGCACGAAGGAAGACCACGUAAAUUUCCCUUCGGGGGAUUUCCCCCAUAAAUGUUCUUGAGGGAAGGAGAUCUCGACAAAGCUACCUAGAGCUAUCAGAGCAAGUUCGAAAUUUGUCAGAGGAUGCAGAAAAAUCUAU